CGGGGUUGAUGGGCUGAAAGAGAGAAUUGACGGAAGGCGCAGAUCGCAACCCACACUGUCACGCGCCGAUCGAUCGGGUGGUUAGUGAGGCCUUCACAAGUCACCCUUCCACUGCCCCGGCAUCCGAGUCAUCAUCCAAGUGCCAGCGAGUGCCAGCAGUCAUCUCUGUCCUCGUUGCAUCGUUUGACCCACCGCCGACGUGGCUGGACCUCGCAAGCCCGCCGGUAGCGCAAACCGCCUCUUCCCCAGGCCCAUUGGCCUCGCUUCUGCAACACCUUUCGCACCGACAUCCGCUGCUUCACUUACUUCCCAGUCACUCUGACAAGGCCAAACCAGCAUGGAGGCAACAUUGCCGCCCGAGCAAGAGGCGGCGUACAGCGCCAUCAUCGACUCGAUCCUCCAAUCCUCCGACCUUGAAACCGUCUCUGCCAAGCGCAUACGCAAGGGUCUGCAGGAGCGCGUGGACUAUGACAUCUCUCAUCAAAAGGACGCAAUCAACAACCUCAUCCAUGCCCGCUUCGAUCAGUUUGCCCAGCGCGGGCAAGACGUGAGCAGCGCAGCUGUUCCCGAGCCUGCACCCACUGCGAAUGGCCACGCCGGCCACGCGGACAAUGACUCUCCCUCUGCCUCGCCUCCCAAACGGAAAGCGUCCGACAGCGAAGACAUGAGCGAUGUCGCCGAUUCACCGCCACGGAAGCCGGCGAAGAAGGUGAAGACCGCACAUGACUCUGUCGAGACCGACGAGCAGUUGGCCAAGCGCAUGCAGGCCGAGCUCAACGCACAGGCUGCCCGUUCCACGCGCGGUGGUGGUACAACCCGGAAAAAGGCCGUGGCGAAGAAGGGCGCGACGCCGAAGAAGAAAAAGAGCAAGGCGAAAGUGGGUAGUGACGAGGAUAGCGACGUCGACUCGGACAAGCCGGAGAAGGAGCGAAAGGGAGGAUUCCACAAACCAAUGACACUAUCCACACCCCUCUCCGAACUCGUGGGCGCCGCGCAGCUGUCACGCCCGCAGACGGUGAAGAAGAUCUGGGAAUACGUCAAGGAGCGCGACCUACAAGACCCCAGCGACAAGCGACAGAUCCGAUGCGACGACGCCAUGAGGGCCGUCUUCAAGCAGGAUCGCGUGCACAUGUUCACGAUGAACAAGCUACUCGCGCAACACCUCUACGCGCAGGACGAAUAGCCUGGCAAGGAGAGGCAUGGGAGGGUCAUCGUCGUGUACGCAUGAUGGUGAUGACGAUGAUGAACGCACACUGGCAACGUGCUCAAGGCGGGUUUCCUUUUCUCGCGAAUUCCCAUCACGCAGACGGCUGCGUUGGAGCGUGGUUGCUAUGUAUGCCAGGGGCAUUUCUCGUGGAUUGCUAGCCAUCUAGACCACCCACGUGCAUCUUGGAUGCGUCGAAUGACUUUACGAGCAGAUUGCUUGGUUCAAUGUUUUCUGUCAGAGCAGUAUUGGGAGCAGUACGUGUCUC